AUGUCAGGUAAAAAAGCAAGUCCAUUAUUACCUUCGCACAACGCCGGGGAAUCACCGAGGGGAUCACCAGUCUCCAGCCCAGGUGUGUACUCACCUCAUGGUUCAGAACCUAUGAGACGUACGGGAUCAGGUGGAUCGAGGAGCGAUAAAGGCCGAGAAGAUUACUUUGGUGGUGCUAGUGGGAAUGGUAAUGAUGUGGAGAAACAUCACGGUUUGUAUGAGAAUGUCAAACAGCAAGUAGAGAUUACACCGAACUUACCUGAACAAAAGACCAGUAAGAAGACCAUGAGUCCCGCAUUCAUCAUACCGAUAUGGAUCGCUUUGUCUUCCGCUGUCAUCCUUUAUAACAAAUACCUCUACAGUAAUCUCAAUUAUCCAUAUCCUAUCUUUAUCACAUCAUAUCACCUUGGAUGCGCUGCAUUGGGUACCCGUAUACUCCGAGCGACUACCAAUUUGAUGGAUGGAUUAGAUAAAAUAGAAAUGACCCGAGAAUUAUACCUCAAAUCAAUCUUACCUAUAGGAGUGCUUUUCUCGGGAUCGUUAAUAUUGAGUAAUACGGCUUAUCUCACGCUGAGUGUAUCGUUCAUCCAGAUGCUCAAGGCAUUCACACCUGUAGCCAUCUUACUCAUCUCAGCGAUUUUCAAGUUGCAAGUCCUCACUUCUCGUUUGGUCAUGAUCGUGCUGCUCAUCUCGACAGGAUGCGCUUUAGCCGCAUAUGGAGAAUUGCAUUUUGAGAUGUUUGGGUUCUUGUGUCAGGUCAGCGCUGUAGCUUUCGAAUCAUCCCGACUGGUUAUGAUUCAGAUACUCUUGCAGGGCUUGAAGAUGGAUCCAUUAUGUUCAUUACAUUAUUACGCUCCUGUAUGCGCGAUGAUCAACGCCUGCUUUCUCCCCUUCACAGAGGGAUUGGCGCCUUUCCAAGAAUAUAUGCGAAUAGGUCCAUUGAUCAUGAUAUCCAAUGCGGCCGUGGCGUUCGGAUUGAAUGUCGCUGCGGUGUUCUUGAUCGGUGCGGCUGGAGGGUUGGUCUUGACUUUGGCGGGGGUAUUCAAGGAUAUCCUAUUGAUUAGCAGUAGUGUGAUUUUCUUUGGAAGUCCAAUUACGUCCAUUCAAAUAUUCGGCUAUUCACUCGCUUUGGGGGGUAUGGUCGCCUACAAAACAGCUAGCAAGUAA